AGAAUCAUCCACACCAUGCAUUAUGUUCAGAAUACCCACGCUCUUCCAAAUUUCUCGUACUAUAUCAUAUUUUCUUGCUCUCAUGAUUUCAUCCUCGCUUCACUUCCCUGUAGACCCCACCAGAAAGAGCCUGUAAAAAAGACACAAAAGUCGGGAAGUCCUAAACCAAAACAACAGAAUCGAACCGGUGGCGCAGGGUGGGGAAGGAAGUUGAGAGCUGCCAGCAUGACCACAUUGAGACCCUUCCGUUGUGAGGACAUGUUCCACUUCAACAAUGUCAACCUGGACCCACUCACAGAGACUUAUGGCCUCUCCUUCUACCUGCAGUACCUCGCUCAUUGGCCUGAAUAUUUCCAGGUGGCAGAGUCUUCUAGUGGAGUCAUCAUGGGAUAUAUCAUGGGGAAGGCCGAAGGUCAUGGGGACAACUGGCAUGGCCAUGUGACGGCACUCACCGUGGCACCAGAAUACAGACGCCUGGGCCUGGCCAAACAGCUCAUGGCCAUUCUGGAGGACAUCUCAGAAAAGAAACGGUGUUACUUUGUUGACCUGUUUGUGCGUGUGAGCAACCUUGUUGCCAUCACCAUGUACAAGAAGCUUGGGUACAUUGUCUACCGCACCGUGCUGCAGUAUUAUUCUGGCGAUCCAGAUGAAGACGCCUAUGACAUGAGGAAGGCGUUAUCUCGGGACACUCAGCAGAAGUCUGUCAUCCCACUCACACACCCAGUACGUCCUGAGGAUAUAGAGUAGCAGCCUUAGGUGUGGCGCUGCUGUGAUGCUUUGAGUUGGACUGCAGGAAAGGUGUGCUGUGCCCCCUCUGUUAUAUAAUGUUUAUACAGGGGGUCAUUGAGUUACAAUGGAGUUCCAUUUCUAUGCCUUAGUGUAAACUGAUUUUCAGUAUGGGUCGGAACCAGCCUAAGCAAGCACCUACAGUAUGUCACUCACCUAUGCUAAUGUUAUAGUAUUAUAAAGUCAUAAUCUAGGAUGUAAAAACAUAACUACUGUACCUGUAAAAAAAAAACAUGAGAAACACAUACAGUAAAUAAAAAAUAAUGAAAUAAAUCAGUAACGAAAAAAAAAAAUCAGCCAAGGGGAAUGUACAGGAACCAGCACUGCCAGCAUUGUGACGACAAAACAGCAGAAGUCAAGACCAUUGUAAACCGAGGACUCCCUGUAAAGAUGUGGCUGUACGGGAGGUGAACGUGAGAGUGAUAGGUUGAGGUUGUGAUAUUCCCUUGGUUAUCUAGUUUUUAAAGGGAUAGUUUUGUAUGGGAAAUGAAUGUAAGAAAGAUAGAGAUCUGAUAAUUGCUGAUGUUUGAAAAUGAAAUCUGAACUCCUGCAGCAAGGAUGUGUGAUGUUCCUGUGUUACUUAAUAUUUAAAUGGAUAGUCUUGUAUGGACAGUGAAUGUGAGAAUGAUAAAAAAAAAAAAAAAAAAAAAAAAAAGUUUGAGUCUAGGGAAUACAAAUCGCAGAGUAGAGUCCUGAAUUGGCAGCUUUUUGCAGAUUGAGAAAAUUGGUGAAUGAGUUAAAACGGUGUCACACAGCAAAUUUCUCCUUACAUGUUGGCCAUAUUUGUUGGUUAUACCACAGAUCCAAUGAGUUUGGUGUCACAUAGGGACUGGACUGUUGCAAUGAUGCCUCGUUAUACCAACAACAAACCCCCAACCAUCUCAGCCACUUUAUUUUGCUUUAAUUAUUCCAAAAUUAUAUGUUAUAUACUUUCUUUUUUUUUUUUUUUUUUUUUUUUUUUUUCCUCUCCUCCAAACGAUGCUGUCUGCACAGGCUGCAUCCAGGGCCUGUGCUAGGAAUUGCAGGGCCCAAUCCAAUGGAUCAAUUAAUUUGUGACGAGCUUUUGCACUCCAGUAAAACUUAGUGUUGGACUCCAUCACAACACAUUGGUUAUUUUACCAAGCUGCAGUUGUCAAAUAAGAGCUAUGAAUAAUUCAGUACACCAGACAGUCAAGUAACUUUUUUUUUUUUUCUUUUGUCUCAAAAUACAUUAGUUUAUAUUCAGUUUACAUUUAUAGCUUGUAACACGACAUUUGACUCAAAUACUCCCAACAGGUCUGUCAGCAUAACCAUAUUCCAUUCUUCCCAACAACAGAAAAUGAGCAGUAAGAUGUUUGCUGCUCAUUCUGCCCAAAUGCCAACAAAAAUGACCAUGUUGGGAGAAAUUUGCCCUGUGUGAUGUCACUUAUAGAGAGAGUGAAUGAAAGGUGCAAACUGAGUGAAUGAGAUGAGUAAAGUAGUGAAGUGUAUGAGGAGGGUAGAUGAUUGGAAGAUGCAUGUGGCCUUGAAUGGUAAGUUGCUUGAGAAGCCAAACUGUUUCAAGUGUGAAGGAUUGCAUGUUGCUGUGGAUGGAGGACAUGUAGGAAGUUAAAUAUUUCAUACAAGCAAUUAUUUUAUUUUUCUCCCAUGUAUUCAUUGAGGAGACAGUCAAUGACAUGUUUCUAUCAUAUAACAAAAGGUGUUGGCUAACUCAACAAAAUUUUGGGCAAAGGUGGAUGGGAAUAUUUUUUGUUAUCCAAAUUCAACAUUGCAGUUUGUAAUGUUGAGCAAUUUGGUGCAUGUUUCGGAGAUUUAUUAAUGCCAUUUUCUGCUGUGUAUUUUAAAUAAUAAUUAUUAAACCUUAUUAGAAA